AUGGAAAACAAUGUUGAAAACCUAGGAUCCGUAAUCAAGUUUAAUGACGUGAGAUCAAAGAACACCGGAACUUACAGAUGUACGAAACGAGAUAAAAACAAUAACAUCGUCACUGAAGAUUACGAGUUGACCGUUACGCCGACUCCGUCCGACGCGGCUUCGCCAUCAGUGAGUACCAAUUACGCGCCAUACGGAAAAUCUGUUGUAAUAGAAUGUAACAGCGAUCUAUCGCUGCCAGUUGAAUAUUCUUGGGCCAAAUUUGGACCUCAAAUGGAACCUAUAUACGAUCGCAGAAACUUAACGCUGUACAACGUUACUGAAAAGAGUGCCGGACUGUACUUUUGCACAGCUUCAAACGAAAUGGUGAGAAUGGAUAUACCAACGGUGCUUGUCGUCACCGGAAUCGUACCCUCAUUCCACGGCACUGACAGCUACCUAGCGUUCCCGACCCUCCUUAACACUUAUUUGGAAUUAAACAUCGAAGUUCACUUCAAACCCGAAAUGAACGAUGGAUUGAUAUUGUACAACGGUCAGAAACCUGGUGGCUCGGGCGACUAUUUUUCGUUCGGGCUCCGUGACGGCAUUCCCGAGUUCCGUUUUGACGUCGGAUCUGGGGCUGCGAUCAUAAAGGCGACAGAACCAGUGACAUUGAACGAAUGGCACGUGGCUAGGCUCGAAAGGGUUAAAAAACACGGUAACAUGUACAUCGACGAACGCGGUCCAUACCGUGGCGUCAGUCCAGGUACAUUCCAAGGAAUGGAUUUGUCUCAACUCUUGUACAUUGGCGGAGUUCCCGACUUUGGGUCGAUACACAAAGACGUCGGUUUCCAAACCGGAUUCAUCGGUAAGUGCUCACAACGGCUGAAAACCCGCGGUGUACUCACUGGUCCGAAGUGUGACGUCGAAGCGAAGUUGUGUUCGACGCUGAAACCUUGUCUCAACGACGGCAUCUGCACAGACAUCGAUUCGAGCUCGUACAGGUGCGAUUGCCCUCUCGGACAUUCGGGACCGACGUGCAACGAAAAGGUGGUGUUGGACAUCACAGCCAAUUUUAGCGGCAACAGUUAUCUGCAAUUGGAAAACAGUCUACUGGACCGGAACAAGAGGGAACAUUCCAUAUCGAUGACGUUCACCACAGAUUCAGCCAACGGUCUGUUGUACUGGCAAGGCCAAGAACCUAACAACGAUGGAGUGGUCGACAAUUACAUCGCCAUCUCGAUCGUCAACGGCUACGUGGAACUGAGUCACAGGUUCCAAGGCAGAUCGACACCAGCAAUCCGAGCCACGGACCAUCACGUCAACAACAACGAACCCCACGUGAUAUUGAUCCGCGGGAACGGGGCCGAAUGGUCUCUGGAACUGGACAGGUCGACCAUAGAAUACGGUAAAGAACGCGACGUGGACAUCCAACAGCUCUUGGAAUCCACCGAUUUGAUAUAUAUAGGUGGAGUACCGGAAGUCAUAUUGACGACGAACGACAACCAUUACAAAGGGUAUGAGGGUUGUAUCGGUGACGUGCGUGUCCAGGACUCAGGAUACGUGAAUCUGGGCCAAAAGUCGUUGUCCGGCAAAAACGUUGCUUCGUGUAACAGACACGACGUCAACAAUAUCAUUCAAAGAAACGAUUAA